AUGAAGAACGUAGCAUUGUUGCUUAUCGCAUUCGUCAUACUCUCGGCAUCAUUCCCUCCUCCGACAGAAGCUAUCGAUGCAGGCCGAAGUCGUUCCAAGAGAGGUGGAGGAUCAUGUCUUGCAAGUGCAAUUCAGGAUUGCUUUGACAGCAUCGCUAAAGGCAUGACAAUGUCAACGACAUGUUGCGAUACACUGCGAGAGCACCAAUCAUGUAUUUGUGAUGUGAUUAAAUCCCGAUUGGGCCUCGAUAUCAAUGUCGUUAACACUCAUCUCAAGGCUUGUGGUAUUGCUGAGAUGAAAUGUUGA